AUGGAAGGGUCCCGUUCGCCUAGACCGUCGCCCUCGCCUGCGUCCGAGUCGGCGCCGGGCUCGAACUCGAACUCGCACUCGCACUCCAACUCGACUCCGAGGGCCUCGGCAGCCAAGGUCUACGCUCAGAGGUAUCUUCACGCACCUACCGACCAGCCUCCAGUCGGGCAGGACCAUCACUGACGAUCGUGCAGUGCACACGCUCUCCCCGCAGGCGACCUUACCUCGACUCGCCUGCUCUGGGUGCCCCUUUGCCCUCCUCGUCGUUGCCGUCGAUCCCUCCCCGCUCCUCGUCCCUGGCAUUGGCAUCCUCAUCGUCCUCGACCCACCCCAUCGCCAACUUUGUCACCUCCCGACAUCCCCUCCCGUCUACGCCUAGCUUGGCUUCUGCUGCGCGCUCCUCGUUCGACGCCGGCUCGCUCCCCAAGCGCGCCCCGACCGAUCGGAGCUUCAAUCGAUCUCAAUCCAGGCCUCGCUCCCCACCACCACCACCUGCAAACUCGUCCUCUACUACAACAGGGCCAUCGUUGUCGUCUCAAACGGGGCCGGCCCAGUGGCCACCACGCGACGAUCUACCAGGGCAUCGACGCAACGUCUCUCUGGGCUGGGAUCGAGACAGGGACAACAGGGACCCUAGAGCCGACAGGGACCGCGACAGGGAUAGAGAUUGGGCUUGGGAACAACUGCAGCAGCAGCAACAACAACACCACGACCGGGACUGGGCGAGGCGUCCGCGCGAACGAGAGCGAGACCCCAGAGAUAGGGAUCUGAGCAUGGGCAGAGGGGACCGGAGGGGACCACCCGGUAGUGGUCGUGGAGGGCCACCACCCAAUAGGGACUCGAGGGAUUCGUACUCGUCCCUUCCCCCCCUUUCCACCUCGGGCCGUGCCAGCUUCGCCUCGUCACCUUGGCCACGAUCUGCGUUCCGCGGCGCACCUGGAUCCGAUGCGAAUGGCGCUCGACCAAUACUGAGACGGGGCCGAGACGGGAGGGGAAGCGAGAGUGAAGAGGAGGCAGGAUGGGGAAGACCACCUUCGCCAGAUUGGAACCACCGGAGGCCGCCGAACGGGUACGAUACCGCGAAUUCGCGCAGAUCGGGAGAUCCGGGCAAAGGGUGCGUUUGCUUGAUCAAGCACUCACCGUGUUCUGGCUACCGUGCCUGGGAGAUAACAGCUGACAUAUUGUGCGAGACGAUCUGGGUGUACAGAUACCCGCAUGGGUCAUCAAUGCGGUUCGAUGAUCGCGAUCGACCAGGAGGACCGGGACCAGCCGAUCACAACGACCGCUAUUCGACGAACCAAAGACAGCCCUCCCCCGCGCGCUCCGAGUUCUCUACUGCCAAUCGCUUCGAUCCACCCCGUCCUUAUUCGGGUCCGAAUCGAUCGCCCCCACCUCGAAGGGGUCGUUCCAUGUCCCCUGGCGAGAUCCAAUGGACUCGCUCGAGAUCACGCUCGCCUCUGCGUCUGGGAGAUCGGUUCGCUGGGUUCCCGAGGGAUGGACGAAUUGCCCAUGAUGAUCGAAAACCUUUCAAGGGUAAGCGCCCGAACCCUUUGCCGACGUACUCGAAUGGCGAUAGACGAUCGAACAAACCUUCGCCGGCCCGAGGGUAUACUCCGACGCCGGCCUCGCCGAUUCCGGUCGACGUCGAAUUGCCGUAUACGAAAGCCACUUCGCCGGCUGCGGAUCACAAAGACGCUCAGGAGACAAGUGCGCAACCUAGGGACGAGUCCACCUUCAAGUCAGAGGACAACGAAGCGGAGAAUCAGCUCGAGCUAGGCGAAGUUCUGACCGACCCCGACGAACCGGGGACACCACCACCUAGACUACCUGCCUUUGACUUCCCCUCUCCGACAAAACUCAAGGAAAAGCUGGCUGAUGUCGGUGACGAGGAUCACGAGAUGAUCGAUGCGCCUGCUGAUCCGGCCGUCAAAGAUGAGGCCGAGGAGCCCGUCCUCGAAACCGAGAAAGUCCAGCCUGUAACCGAAAUGGAAGUCGACCCCGUGGCGUCAACUGGGCAAAGGGAGGCUGUUUCUGAGGACGCUGCAGUAGUACCACCAUCGUCACCUCAACCUGCGGCCAUUUUCGCCCUGCCGACCCCGAGCACAAGCGACGCCGCCAGUCAAGUCGCAGAGAUGGAAGAGGUCGAGGAAGGGGAAGAAGUGCAGAGCACCGUAGUCGUCGCGAUGGAAGUCCCAGAUUCCGUCGCUUCCGAGGCUGUGCUUGUCGAGUCUGCCGAGGCAGGGGAGUCGAUGCCCGUCGACAAGGCCACGCUGGAAGCCGAGCUGCUACUCAAGAUCGCAAAGCGCACUCCCACACCCCCGCCCCCUCCUCCACCCCACUCUCCACCGUCUCCUCCCACCUCCCCACCGCGAAGCUUUGCCUCGAUCCUCAACGACGUCAUUGCCGCGAACGAACAGGACUCGGGCGAGGUCAACGCACUCAUGCUCGACAACCGCAAGAGGUCCGCGCCCGAAAUUGCCAAGCAAGCCUCGUCGAUCGUGCGUGAUGUCACGAAUCUCGAUCUAUCCAAAGCGGCGUGGCGGAUGCAUGAGCAGGUCCAACCUUUCCUGAUCGAGGCGUUUGUCAGGCGUGAUGAUCGUCGCCAUGACAAGAUGCUCAAGCUCCGCGCCGAGUACGAGCUGUUUAACGAGGAUUGGACGGCGCAUUGCGACCGGCUGGACAAGCUGCACAACCGCAUCCAUCGACGAACGGGACCUAUCAAACCACCGCACGACGAAGUCGGGCUGCCCUUCUACUCGACCGAACCCGCCACACCCGGUGCUCCCGCCGCCGCAGGAGCGACAGCCACCUGCGGACCUGUCACCAUCAGCGGUCGGCCAAAUCGUCGAGGUGGAGGCGGCGCUUCGGCUUUUGUCGGAUUCGGCGACACGGUACGGUCCGAGGCCGAGUUCCUGGAGGUGUUGGCGAACCUCGAGAACGCUACGCGGCGCGAUGCCAGUGCUCGAGCCGAACGCCAAGCCGUCGAGGUCCCCGAUCAACUCAUUGACCCUUCGGAACGGAACGAUCUGCUGUCCCUAGCGUUUCACGACGAGCAGCGCAGAGUCGAAGAUCCGAUCGCACUUUAUGAGAUCCAAAAGCCCCUCGAUGUGUGGACGCGCGACGAGGUGAACACCUUCAAUCGACUCUACGAGGAACAUCCCAAGCAGUUUGGCAAGAUCGCGGCUGGUAUCCCGGAAAAGACGACUGCGCAGUGCGUGUUGUUCUACUACCGCGUCAAGCAUGCGCCAGAAUUUAGGGCAAUCCUCUCGGACCGCAAGUACAAGGACGGUCGACGACGUCCAAAGGGCAAGAAGCGUGUCGACGAGAUCAAAGGCGGCAAAAAGAGUUUGCUCGCCAAUUUGCAAACACGCAAGCCCGAUGACGACGACGACGUCGACGAAGGCUCGCCUCCACCCGUCGGCUCUGGCCCUCUCAGCCCCGAGACCGCUCGUCGUCAGCUGCCUUUCGAGUCACCCUUGGUUUUUGUCCCGCCGACUCCGAUGCGACCGCCUCGGGCGUCAUCACCCCCUCCUUUGGCCGCUUUGUGGCUCGGCGACGAGGCUUUUACCACGGUCGACUCACGCGAGCCAUCGAGACCGGGCUCAUCUGCUGGCUAUGGCAAGAAAGGCGCGCGCACCCCCAAGAUCCGAGACACGAUGCUUCUCCCUUCCGAUGGCGCCUUGGAGGCUGCAGAAGCACUGGCAGGUCUCGUCGGCGGCCCUGAAACCGGGGAUAACAAAGAGGACUCUGCUGGACGCGCCUCCGAUGGCGACCGCUCGCUGCUGAAGACCUCGGUCGGCGGUCGACGCAAAGGGACUUCAUCUUCGUACUGGUCGGUUGCCGAACGGAACGAGCUCAUGCGCCUGCUCGCAGUCUAUGGCAAAAAUUGGGCCAAGCUUGCGGAGGGUUUGGAGCAUAAGACGGCUGUUCAGUGCCGAAAUGUGAGUUCUGCUCUGUCCGCGCAUGCACCACAUGUUACGACGAAUACUGACGUAAUUUAUAUGCUCAGUGGUUUCAAAACAACACCAAAAAGUUCGAUCUCGCGGAGCUCGUCAACUCAUCGACCAAACGCGACGCCGGGGACGAUCGUUCGCGCUCCGGCUCCGGUGGCACCACGCCUCGCCAUGCCAGCAGCCAUGAGUACACGGCUCCGACUGGCGUGCCUCUCAGUGAAGCGCUCGAAAGCGGCCUCGUGCAGCACCAAAGGUCCCGCUUCGGCUUCUUCGAUGAAGCGGCCACUCCAGCCUUGUCCGACGUCGAGCUGCCUCCGCUGCCCAUCUCGGAGCCGGCUCUUCGCUCGAAGGGUAUCCGCAACUUGCUCAACGACGACACGCCGGAUGAGGACGCACACUCGCCCGGCCGCGACGACUGGUUCGGGGGAAGCGGGGCCCGGGCUAGCGAGGAGAUCGGCGCUACGACGGAGGAAGAGAGCGACGUCAGUUCGAUGCGCGGACCUCGCUCGAUCCUGCACGACCCUGCGCCGCCCCCGUCUCAACAUACGGACCUUCCUUCCCAGUCGCACUCGUUCCCGCGUCACCUUCCAUCGCAUAGUCACGCCUUGGACUGUCGCGAAUACAGCGCCUCACCUCCACUGUACCGUCCCUCGGCCUACUCUGUCCCAUCGAUGCAUGUUCGGGAACGAGCGGGCAAUUUUGAGUCGCACAACAGCUGGAACCAGUCCCCGAGUCCUUAUCCGUCGUUCGGAUCCAACACACCAUCAGUGCUGGGCCACCGUCCUCACUCACCUGCUGGAUCCUCGUACAACCAGCCCGCGUCCUCUCGAGACUACUACGCCUCGAGAGCGCCUCCCCCACCUUCCCACCUGCGGUACGACCCCCACAUGAUGCCUCAAGGUCGUCAAGAGCCGCCUCCGCCGCCUCCUCCACCACCGCCCUCUCGUCAUCACGAGUGA